UACGUUUUGUUGUGUUCUUUUUUUUUUGAAUGAGCAGCGUUCAGUUUGACGCGAACCGCGGCCAGGCCAUCACCGUCUGAUGUUAUAUUACAGUCAUCGAUGACUCCGUAGUCUUGUUCGUCUCGACCGGGACACGCGGCCGAGAUCGGCGUACGACGACGGUACCUAUAUCAUAAUAAUAUUAUAUACACUUACGACUCGUCCAGUGUUAAUUCAUAUAAAUGUUUUAUAAUCAUAUUCGUUUAUCGUAAUCGUAAAAAUUACAUUCACUACCACCGGAGUUCUCGCGAGAGUGAGUGCUAUAUAUAUAUAAUAUAUACACGAUACACCAAUAUACAUCGCGUGUAUAUAUAUAUAUAUAUAUAUGCGUUUGAAUGUGUUAGCGGCCACGAUCGCGAUCUGUCUGAGAUGAUCGUACGAAUGAAAUCUCAUGAGAAUGUGAAUCUCAUGAUAGGUCAUCAUUUGUUACAGUAAUUAUGUAUAGAAAAAAAGUAACGACAAAGAAUCUCAGGAUCAAAGAAGAAGCAUUAAUGUAUUUUUUUUUUUUUUUUUGUACGAUUUGGGUCAAGGGGAUGACGACCGACAGAAUUCCCAUAUGGUUUUACGACAAGAAACUUUGGAUCAACGACGCGGACAGGCGUACCACGUGCGCCGACGUGGCAACCACGUUGACGGGCCGCGGCAGUGACUACGCGGUGGCCGUCGACGGCGCGCACACGGCCACCAUGGUGGCCGAUCCUGGCGUCAGGGUGCUGAAGAUCUGGCAGAGCCUGCGGCCGGACCAAAAGCUGUGCUUGCGAAAAGUGAGCGGCAAUGGCUACUACCAACACCACCACCACCAACGCGAUGGCGGAAACAACGUCGACAGCGGCGGCGGUUACGACGACGACGAUGCAGCGUCCGAGAUGAGUGGUUACCGUGGCGCUCACAGGAAGCGCCGCCGGGAGGUGGUGGUCAAGUAUGCCUCGCGGACGGUGCACCCGAAGCGACUGAGCAACACGCAAGCGGCCGAGGAGCUACUGAAACUCAUACUCGAGCAGAGCGACACGAUCCGAGCGCAGCUGAAAAAGUUGCAGGACCGCGACAAGAAGAUCGAGAAGAUCGAGACGGAAACGCACAGGACCCGGGCGGACGCGUUGGGAUCGAAUUAUCUGUUGGACGCGUACCUGGGGGGCGGCGGCGGUGGAUGCGGCGACGACAAGGAGGAAAAAGACAGCGGCAUCACCGAAGGCGCCAGUGUGGAGAACGACGACCACGACGACGAUCACGAUGACGACAACGAAGACGAUAGAGGUUGUAGUGUUGGAGGAAUAGGAGUUGUCGGCGAAAUCGCAGACUCCGGAACUCCGCCGACGUCGUCGACGCAAGAGGCCAUCGCCUACCUGGAGAGGAUCGUCAAGAUCAACAAGAAGCUGUACGAAUUCGAGGAACGCCUGAUCCGGUUGUACGUGAACGUGGAACGGUGCCGGGACCAGGAGCAACUGCUGGACGAGCUGAAACGGGCCGAGACCGAGAUGGCCGACACCGAACGGAUGUACCGCGAAAACACUCUGCUGAUACGUGACACCGACACCGAACUGCGAGCCAGGCUGGGCUACAUCGAACAGUUGCAGUACGAGGCGGCCAUCGUGGACAGCGAGAACGAGUACCUGAUGGGGUCCAUCGAACACCUGCAAAGCCGACCCCACAACCCCCAGAACCAGGUCGAAAACUACCAACCCCACCAUCAUGCGGCCGCUUGUCGGGUGUUGGACACGUUGGUCUAGACCGGAUGAUUUCAUCCGGUGCUGUAGCAGUGUGAAAAUCCCCAAUUGUUGAAAUGUCUUUUUUAUUAUGUUUACCCUUAUAUUGUACAUUGAAAACAGUGUGUUAUUCGACUAUACGUUAUUAUUACUUUGUAUGUACAUUUCAAUAAAUAUUAUUGUCGUUAUUAAGAUAUUAUUA